UACAUAAUUUGACAUUUGUCAAUUUGUAGAAAGUUUUGUUGUCCUCAAACUGUUAUUUCUUAAAGAAAUUGUGUGGUCUUCCGCACCGUUGUAACGGCUGGUAUGUGUCCUAAAUACUUUAUUUAAAUAGACAUAAUAAAUAUGGCUGAUUCAGGUGUGGACACAGGUAAUGAGAGUAGCGACAAUCCUGUUUUCGACCAUUCGUACUGUGUGUUAGAUUUCAAUCCACGAGCAAUACCAAUUAAUUUAGCUGGACAACCAAUGCCAAUUGAAUUUUUAGACGAACCUCAUGAACAUAUUGGCAAAAUAAAAUGUUCAACAAAAGCAAGGCAUUGCAGAUUGAAAUAUCGAUAUGUGGGUACAAUAUGUUCUUCGAGAAACAAGAAGUUACGAUUUGCAGCGUCUACAAACAAUACCGAUCUGGUUGAAAAACUGCUUUUAUCAGGUGCUGACCCUAACUGUUCUGAUGAACACAAAAGAAGCCCUCUGCAUUUAGCAGCUUGUCGCGGUUAUGUCGAGGUUGUUAAAAUGUUAAUUAGACACGGCGCUAACCCGAAUAUUAAAGAUACUCUGGGUAACACGCCUCUUCAUCUUGCAGCAUGUACAAACCACAUCCCUGUUGUCAUAGAAUUGCUUGAUGCAGGAACAGAUGUUAGCUCUCAUGACAAGAAUGGUCGUAAUCCCAUUCAGUUGGCGCAGAGCAAGUUGAAAUUGAUACAAAUGAGACCUAGUGGUGCUGGCCACUUUGAGGAGACUAAACAACUUAUCAGCGAAAUAUGCUUGGUUGUUGAAAUGAUGCUUAAAUACAUGAAAAUACAAAAAGCAGAUGCAUGUGAAUUGGAGUCUGUACGAGAAAGAUUAGAAAAUGUUAGCACAAGGGAACAAGUUGAUUCUGAAGUACAAAACCUUCUUGACAGUCUUGACUCAUUGAAAUUAAGAUAAUUCUGUCGAUUUAAAAUAUUAAGACUGUUCAAAUAAAUGUAACUGCCUAAAUAUAGGAGCUCAUAAUAAAAUAGUUUUAAUAAAUUUAAUUGUAAGCUACAGGUGUCAUCAUUUUUAUUUCUUAAUUUAGAGUAAGAUUUAAUGAACAUAUAAAAUAAGACAAAUUUUCAACUUAUUAUUGUAAGUACUCUAAUUGUCUUAUUGAUUGAAAAUAUCCAUUGUUGCAACUAGUGUCUUGUAGUAAUAAAUUUACUAUUGUC